AUGAAAGGAAAUCCAAUCAAGAUAUUAACUUUCAAAAAUAAGUUAAAGAUUAUAGCGAAAUAUUUGAAAAUGAUUUUAAAUAUUUAAAGAAGUUUUGUGAACAUCAGAAUAUAGAGUAAAAUUUAGAAACCUUACAAUAGAGUAUGA